AUGCCGUUUGUCCAAUCUUUGAGGAAUUUAACAUCGUCCACUGAAUCUAAAAUAAAGUCCGCCACCAAUAAUGAACCUUUGGGCCCCUACAAUCAUGAAUUGACCGAGUUAGCAAGUCUCACUUUCAGUAAAAAACAUUUAUCUAUCAUAAUCUCCAUUAUCACUAAAAGGUUGAAACCAGUAUUAGAAAUAUGUCCUAAAACCAUAAAUAGCACGGGGAUGAAACGGUCAAAUACAUCUAAAUUAUCAUCUACCAUCCACAGAACCCAUAGUUUCCCAAGAAGAUCCAAGACAUUACCUAGUCCAGAUACACCCAGCGAUAACAGCACAAUUAAAUACAAACAAGUAUUAGAGGACAAAGUUUACCUUAGUCUUUUGAAAGCUUUGACAGUCAUACUAUACCUUUUACAGAAUGGUUCGGUGCAAUUUAUUGAUUGGCUACUAAAAGAUUGCAAUCAAGUAAUUUCCCCCUUACUGCGCAUACCGUACCCAUCCACAUACAAAGAACCAAUACGCCAUAAAGUCAACAAAAUCAUAUCGUUAUUGGAAGCACCAGAAGAGUUGAACAAUUAUAGAGUUAACAUCCAUAAAUUAAGAACAGACAUGUUGGUUCCAGGGUUAAAAAGAACUAGUUUGGAUGGUGUGGAUAUAUUACAAGUGGAACAAGAGCAGUCUGCCCGAGAACAACAACAACAACAAGCACCACGACGUUCUGCAACACCACCACUUGUGCGACUCAGAUCGAUAAGCGAGCAUCAUAGCCAUAAUGAAAAUGAAUAUAUCAACAAUAAUGGCAUGUUCAAUACUGCUCAUGGCACUGCUGGUCUUACCUAUGCUAAUAAUAUGGAUAGUUUACUAAAACAACCAACCGCAUAUCAACCCAUCGCAACCAAUUCAAGCCCACCGAACACUUCGCUGACCAUCACUAACCCACACCAAUUAUCUCCUAUUUUUUAA